CGGCCUCACUGGAGUUGGAUGUUGAUAUCAGCCUGACCGUCUCUGGAAUGAACUCCAAUUACUAUUCAGGUAAGGUGAUUGACAAGUACGCCAAUAUUUUAUUGGUGGUACAUGAUAUCAUUGGAGACACCGACUCAGCCAAGGACAUUUUACUGGACUUGAAAACCGCUUUCAAAGUGUUCACCAAGAACACUCAAUACUAUCCUUUGAUCUACGACACCAAGUUUGGUGGUGUGACUUCUUCUGCGUCUCAGAGUGGAGAUACCGGUGCUGACUUUGGUUCGGGAUACUACAAUGAUCACCACUUCCACUAUGGGUACUUUGUCCAUGCUGCAGCCGUGGUAGGGUACGUAGACAAACAAUUGGGAGGUUCUUGGGCAGACGAUAACAAGGACUGGGUCAACAGUUUAAUCAGAGACGUUGCCAACCCCUCUGAGGACGACACUUACUUCCCAGUAUCCAGAAUGUUUGACUGGUUUGCCGGCCACUCAUGGGCAGCCGGUUUGUUUGCCAGCGGAGACGGACGUAACGAGGAAUCAACGUCGGAAGACUACCACUUCUCAUACGGAAUGAAGUUAUGGGGAAGUGUCAUUGGAGACUCGUCCAUGGAAGGUAGAGGUGACUUGAUGUUAUCAGUUAUGAACAGAGCCAUGAACAAGUACUUCUACUACUCCGACGACAAUGAUGUGGCUCCAUCUGAAAUGGUCCCCAAUAAGGUUACUGGUAUUUUGUACGAUAACAAGAUUGCUUUCACUACUUUCUUUGGAGAUGGCGACGAGUACCCACAAUAUGUGCAUGGAAUUCAUAUGCUCCCAAUGGAUGCCGGUGCUGCUUCCAUCAGAGGAGAAGAAUAUGUCAAGCAGGAAUGGGAAGAAACCAUUGCUAGUUUUGUUGACAGUUUGACUGAUGGAUGGGCAGGUAUUCUUCGUCUUAACCAGGCGUUAUUCGACCCUGAAUCGUCGUACAAGUUCUUUUCGUCCGACGACUUCCUGUCGACCUACUUGGACAACGGACAGAGUAGAACCUGGAGUUUGGCCUUCUCUGGAGGUCUUUACAACUCGACUUAGAUAUGUAUAAUGGUAGUAUAAUCUGUAUUUUAGAAUUGAUAUUUGUAUGUUGGCUGACGGUGCGCAUUUUUUGCAGCCAUUUGGCUUAGACUAGAGGACCUGCUAUUAGGAAAUAAAUGUUUUACAUUCUAAAACAAGUGUUGGGGUGGUCUAACCCAUUGUUUGUAUUAUAUUCUCAUUGAAGUUGAGCUAAUAUUCUUCUUUUUCCACUCAAAAAUCAUCCAUAUUGGCAGCAGAUUAAUUCAACCUGAGUUUGUAACCUAUUACUUCAGCACUUAGAAAAUCGACUAACUUCUGGUUGUACAAAGGCACAUAACAUCUGACAGCAGUUGAUCAAAUCCCUUUGUUAAUCAGAAGGCAUCACGUCUCUGAAACGUUGAACUCU